AUGAACAACAGCAACCAACAAACCUCCACCCCCUCUUCUCCCCGUGCCGACGAUGAACCCCAAAUCAACCAAGAACAAACAUCCUCGCCGGCCCAAGCUAACUCGGAAAUGGAAGGCGUCGAGUACCAAGAGCUCGAUCUUCAAGGUUCGCUGGAGUCCGAGCACGCCGACCCCCAAGUGGUCUUCGAGAAGUCCAUCAACUUCUACAAGAAACGCAUUGGCGAACUCGGCAUCAGCCUCGCACACGCCCUCACCAAGAACGAUGCCGAUGAAGAGCGCAAGACCCUGACUUCUCGGAUCAAAAAAGCUCAAGCAAACCUCCACCGCUUCCAAGACCUCCUGAAGGACCUGACUGCGGAUAACCGACCUGGCAAGGAAACAGAACAGGCACCAACGCAGAAGAAACCCACGUGCCGAAUGACAUACAAGGACUUACCCGUAUUCCAGCUCUCCGGUGCGCAUAUUUGGCGCCACAACAAGGAAGUAUUUAGCUCACCAAGCCAUUUCGCUCGUACCUUCGAGCUCGCAUUGUCCGCCAUGGAAGGUGAUCUGGACCGCGACUGGGAAAAGUGGCUCCCCCUCGCCAUUCACCACGACCAUGACGCCUGGGUUGAAAGAGAGCUCAAGGGCAAGGGACUGUCAUGGAAAAAGGCCAAGAAAACAUUCCUUCAUCACUUCGAGUCAUCUGAUCAAAUCAUUGCCAAGGCCACCGAGGUGUUCACGAUGACCAUGCGCAGCAACGAAAGUACGCUCGACUAUGGUACGAGGUUCCUCGCCGCUGCCCGCGAGGCAGAAAUAACGGAUAGCCAACAAUUAGCCCUGCGCUUCCUGGCCUCGCUACUGCCGCACAUUCGCGAAAACACGUUGGUCGCCUGGCACGGCCGCAAAGGAAAGAAGUUGCCGAAGUCCGUCUCUGCCGCCCUAGAGAUCGCCCAAGCCGUGUCCGUGUACAAGCGCACUCACCAGCAGUCGUACGCUGCAGAGGAUUCCUCCUCGCGCGCACACUCACGUCGCCGCACACACACAAACUCAUCAAACACACCCGCAGGCUCGCAAAGUCACUGUCCUGUUGGUUGUUCAUACCAUGGGCCCAGCGCUCAUCAUUCGUCCGCCGAGUGCAAAAAAUUGGGCAAAAUGACUGCCACCAACAAUUGUAAAUGGUGCAAGAAGCCAUGGUCAGUUGGACACAAAUGCCCAGAAUUCUACGAACACAAGGCGAAAGAAAGCAGCAGCAAUAACAACAGCAACACCGGCGCCUCCUCAGGUCCAAGAAUUCGCGCAGUCACGCGCACAGAACAAUCAAACAACGGCGGAAACGCCAGCGAUUCCGAGCUUGACGACCUUGUCGAAGACAUGAUACUGGUUGUGAAGCGUCUGCUAUAA